AUGACUACUUUUCAUAAAAUUCUCUCGACUGCUCUCCUUAUCGGACUUGCUGCGUUCUUCUACGAAGUUCAGGGAGCACCAACAGAAACUGCUGUGCGCUUACUGGACAACGCUUCGUCAGAAAACAGCACGGCAGUUACCACGGAUGGCGCAGGACGCGUGAAAAGGCAAGGUGGUGGCGGAUGUGGAUGUGGAUGUUGCGGAUGUGGUGGAGGAGGCGGCUGUGCUGCUGUAGAUGUACCUGUUGCCGCACUUGUUGUUGUACUCGAUGCUGCACAUGUUGCAGGCCUUGCUGCGGAUGCGGUAAGGUACAUGUGCCAUGUCAGAGGAGUAGUAAAACCAGCAAGUAUUCUUCCAGGUUGUGGUUGCUGCGGUUGUGGUGGUGGAGGCCGUAAGCGACGUUCACUCGACAACCUCAGAAUUCGACUUGAUGCUAAGAAGUCGGCUGAAUUGAAAGGAGAACAACUUCUGGUCGAUGACUAUCCACGGCAAAAACGAGACAGCAUGUGCUACAAUGACUGUGCCUCUCCAUCUGGCAGCCAUUGUGAUCUCGACGUCUACGGGGAUUACUGA